AUGGACCAGGGAAUGCGAUUUGUUGAGGCAAGCUGGCAGUUUGCAAAGAACUCAAUCGGACUGGUUGAAAGAUACACCAAACCGGAUAGAAAAGAAUUCCAGAAUAUUGCCAUGGCAACAGCAAUAGGACUUGCUAUCUUGAGAUUAAUUGGCUUCUUUGUGAAAUUGAUCUAUAUCCCUAUUAAGAACAUUAUCAUGAGUGGCUGA